AUGGCUCAAACAACCCAGAUUCCUGCAACAACAUGCGCUGAGUAUAUCGCUCUCAACUCCUUCUUCCACCAGGCCCCUGCGCCAGUCGUUCGAAAUACGAGCAAUCGAUUGUCAAACGACCAAGAAUACAUUUUGCCAUUUUCUAAAGAGCUUGGACUAACCGAAGUUCUUGCUUUCAUAGCAAAAACGAAGGAUGGGUGGGAUUAUAUACCGGCCGUCUGCGUUAAACAGAAUCCAUCUGGGACGGCCUUGGAUGUCAUUCUAGCCAUCAACAAAAGAACCUAUUCCGAUGGAGAUGAUAUCUUACGAAACCUGAAAGUAAACUUUGAACAGGUCUUCCAAAUACUUCACGAUUCUGAAUAUGAUAAGCCUGACCUUCAAGGGAGAGUCUUGAUGUCUAUUAUUUCAAUGUGCUCACCACGGGUACUAUGCCGGUUAGGUCUCGACCGGAAAGCAACUAAGAGACCUAUUCAAGAUCUACUGAGGGAGGCUAUGUUCAGUAUUCAACAAAUUACGGAUCAGAAGCUUCACAGCGAAAACUUAUCACUCACAUCGACUUUGUUCAUAUCAGAAGCAAAGAAAGUCAUACAUCUGGUCGAUCGAUGGUUGAAGCACAGAACUUUGAAUGAGCUGAAUGAUCUUGUGGAAGGGAUUCAUCACUUGAAACAAACAGCCCCGCGGUUGCAAGAGCUCCUAAAUAUGAUCUCGAACAAUGACAUGAGUCCGUCCUCGAGGUCAAGCUGCCUGAAUAUGAUCAGAAAAGUGUCACGAUACCGGGAAGCCGCAAGAAAACUCUAUCGUAUGGCCAAAAAGUUUCCACUGGUCCGAAACAUGAAAAUUCAACUGGCAAGCCUCCCCAAGAAGGCAUUCGAAGGCCAGACGCACUCCAACCAGAUUUCGAACUUGUACUCAUGCUUAUCGAAGCUUGGAUUGGCCAAGAGGCAACAAGAUAUCUUCCUUUUGUGCCGCAAUUUGAAAAUUGAUAAAGACGCUGCCCUUGCCAGGUAUGAAGGAGCUCAAAAGGCUCUAUUAGCGUCUAAAAUCCACGCUGAAAUUCAAAUUGUUGCAUUUUGUGAAAUUCAAGUUCAAAAACCGUUCCCACGAGUGAUUAGUUCAAGCAAAGAUGCAUGCUUUCUCUGCGACACUUUCAUUCAUGUGUACGGACGGAUGCAUACUCCGAAAACCCACGGUCGGCUUUAUCCCGGCUGGAGACUCCCGAGUCUGCCAGGGUUUUACGCACUCAAGCAGAUAUUCAACGAAAGACUAGACGAAAGACUUCGACGCAAUAUUUCACUAGGCCUAGCUCAAGGGAAGCUGCCUGUUUAUCCGACUCCGAAUGAAAGCAACUUGCUUACCUUAUCGGAUUCUUCAACAACUAUACGGCCCUUCAUUGACACUCAGCCGAAAUUCAAUCACGAGGUCCUCAUUGAAUAG